AGUGUCACAGGAGGGGAGAAUUUUGCGUGACUCACGAGACUGGCCGCAGCGGAAAUACCUUCGUGAGUUUCACCAAUCCGAGGGCAGAAUGGAAUCAAAUGUGAGGCGCCAAGUCUAGGACUGUUCUCAAUUUAUUGGUUUGAAGCGAUUCGAAAAUGCCAAAGAGUGACUCCACAUUUUGAGCGAAUUUUCAAAAAAUCAGUUCAAAUAUGACCAUCCUGGCUGACGGAGGACUGAUUCCCACUCGCUUCCUCACACUUCUCGCCCACCUCGUUGUUUUGAUCAUCUUAAUAUGGAGCAGGGAGGAGAAUGUGCACGCUUGCAUGCCGUUAGAGUAUUCGAUAGAAGAUUUCAAAACUAAAGACACUCGCCUAUUAAUCGGACUGUGCACGGCCGUGGCACUGAUUGUGGUGGAACUCUUUGGAUUCUUAUCAGGCUUGUCAAUGUUCAUCACGUCAGUUUCUGCUGUCUCCUCUUUUUGCCACGGAUUGGGCUCGAUUUUGCUCUCGAUGGCAGUGGUGGACAGUUGGGACUGCAACAUGUUUUGGUGGGUGUUCGCAGCCACCAGCAUAACUCCAGCGAUAGUCGAAAUUAUCGCAACAUGCAUGCUGGUUAUUUUGCACAACGCAUGAGAUUUAAUUACAAGACUCGCAAUAUUUUUAUUUUUACAAAUAAAAACUGAUUUUUAG